AUCGUCUGAUCCAGCUGGCUUUUUGUGUUUGUUUUGUGUCGCUGUUCCCUUCGUGAGUCCUGCGUGUCUGGCAGCACAGAGGCAGCCAGCAGACGGCAGAAGAAAGGAGGAAGUGGAAACAUCAGCACUAUCUCUUCAGGGUGGGAGGAAACACCAAAGAGUGGCACACAGGCACACGCACGGAGAGUCGCAGCGGCACACACACAAACUCCGGACAUCAGCGCUGUAGGGGAAGAAGUGUCCUCCUCGACUCGCCAGAUUUGGAUGAACCAUCUCUAGAGUUGUUUGACAGUGGUGUGAGGCAGCGAGACGCGUGCCCAACACUCUCCCGGCAGCCAUGCCGCCGCCGGCAGACAUCGUCAAGGUGGCCAUCGAGUGGCCUGGGGCCUUCCCUAAGCUCAUGGAGAUAGACCAGAAAAAGCCCCUUUCAGCCAUUAUAAAGGAAGUGUGUGAGGGAUGGUCUUUGGGGAGCCAUGAAACCUAUGCUCUGCAGAUUGCCGAUGCAACAAAUUUCUACAUCACAGAAAAGAAUCGCAAUGACAUCAAAAAUGGCUCCAUCCUGCGUCUAACCACGUCUCCCUACCAGAUGGCCCUCCAGCUUCAUGAACGGAUCCAGUCAUCCAGCAUGGAUGCAAAGCUGGAGUCACUGAAAGACCUGGCCAACGCUUCCAGGGACAUCACCUUCGCCCAGGAGUUCAUCAACCUGGACGGCAUCUCGCUGCUCACUCAAAUGGUGGAAAGUGGCACCGAGCGCUAUCAGAAACUUCAGAAGAUUAUGAAGCCAUGUUUCGGUGACCUGCUGUCCUUUACUCUGACGGCCUUUGUAGAGUUGAUGGACCAUGGGAUUGUCUCCUGGGAUACGUUCUCUGUGGCCUUUAUCAAAAAGAUUGCCAGCUUUGUGAACAAGACCGCCAUGGACACAGCAGUGCUGCAGCGUUCCCUGGCCAUCCUGGAGUCCAUGGUGCUCAACAGUCAAGAUCUUUACCACAAGGUGGCGCAAGAGAUCACAAUUGGACAGCUCAUCCCACACCUUCAGGGGACUGAUCAAGACAUCCAGACCUACACCAUCGCUGUUAUCAACGCUCUGUUCCUCAAAGCUCCAGAGGAGAAGAGACAGGAGAUGGCCCACAUUCUAGCUCAGAAGCAGCUACGCUCCAUCAUUCUCACUAAUGUAAUCCGGAGCCCCACACCCAUUAAUGAUGAGAUGGCACAUCAGCUGUAUGUGAUGCAGGUGCUCACCUUCAACCUGUUUGAGGAUCGCAUGAUGACCAAGAUGGAUCCUCAGGACCAGGCUCAGAGGGACAUCAUCUUUGAGCUUCGAAGAAUCGCCUUUGAUGUGGAGAGCGAGCCCAACAACGGAGGCAGCAUCGAAAAACGCAAAUCCAUGUACACCAGAGACUACAAAAAGCUUGGCUUCAUUAAUCAUGUCAAUCCAGCCGUGGAUUUUACCCAGAUUCCUCCAGGCAUGAUGGCUCUCGAUAACAUGCUUUACUUUGCCAAACACCACCAGGAUGCUUACAUCAGGAUUGUCCUAGAGAACAGCAGCAGGGAAGACAAGCACGAAUGCCCAUUCGGCCGCAGCAGCAUCGAGCUGACCAAGAUGCUCUGCGAGAUCCUGAAAGUCGGCGAACUUCCCAGUGAAAACUGUCAUGACUUCCACCCCAUGUUCUUCACCCACGAACACUCCUUUGCUGAAUUCUUCUGCAUCUGCAUCCAGCUGCUCAACAAGACCUGGAAGGAGAUGCGAGCCACGAGCGAAGACUUUAACAAGGUAAUGCAGGUGGUGAAAGAGCAGAUCAUGCGCGCGCUCUCUGUGAAGCCUAAUUCCUUGGACCAGUUCAAGAGUCGCCUGCAGAACCUGAGCUACACAGAGAUCCUGAAGAUACGUCAGUCUGAGAGGAUGAAUCAGGAAGAUUUCCAGUCCCGGCCCAUCUUGGACCUGAGAGAAAAGAUCCAGCCAGAGAUCAUGGAGCUGAUCAAACAGCAGCGGCUCAACCGUCUGUGCGAGGGGACCUGCUUCAGGAAAAUCAGCAGUCGCAGGAGGCAAGAUAAGUUCUGGUACUGCCGACUGUCUCCGAAUCAUAAAGUCCUGCACUACGGAGAUCUUGAGGAGAGCCCUCAGGGAGAAGUCCCCCAUGACUCUUUACAGGACAAAUUGCCUGUAGCUGAUAUCAAAGCUGUUAUCACUGGCAAAGACUGUCCUCACAUGAAGGAAAAAGGAGCCCUCAAGCAAAACAAGGAGGUGUUGGAGCUGGCUUUCUCUGUCCUCUACGAGUCAGAUGAAUACUUGAACUUCAUCGCUCCUGACAAGCAUGAGUACUGCGUAUGGACGGACGGUCUCAAUGCUCUCCUGGGAAAGGAGAUGACCAGUGACUACACCAAAACAGACAUGGACACCCUGCUCUCCAUGGAGAUGAAGCUUCGCCUACUGGAUCUAGAAAACAUCCAGAUUCCUGAGGCGCCUCCCCCGAUUCCCAAAGAACCUAGCAACUAUGACUUUGUUUAUGACUGUAACUAGACCUGCACCCCCCCCGAAAAGCCUGAUCCCCCUCAUUCCCCCCAAAAAAACCCAGUCUGCUCCGUCUGUAUUCACUGGACCAACCCCAUCUUUUCUCAAAUACUGGCAGAAACAUAAAGAAAAAGUGAGUGAUAAUGAUUAAAAUGAACUCUAGGUGAGCUCUUAUUUCUUGUUAGAGCUUUAUAAGAGGAAAAAUAGUAAAUAUUGAUGUUAAUAUUUGUACUUGAUGGACUGAGGGAGUCAGUGCAGAGUCAUAAGGGUGGAGAAAAGAAGCCAGGGAGCGUUCGUUUGUUGCGUCUCCGCAUCGCCGCCAUCGCUUUCCUCCUGUGACCGAUGUUUCCAAACUUUCUCUUUUUCUUCCUUCCUGCCCAGCCUCUUGCCGUCUUCUUGCUUCUGUAGACAAAUGCGUUGAAAUUUCAGUCUCUUCACCUCCUUUGUUGUUUUUUUUAGGUUUUUGUUUCGUUCUUUUUUUAUUAUUAUUAUUAUUAUUAUUUUCCUCAGGGUUUUCUUGUGAGGAACAAAGAUUUCAGAGAUCAGGAUGACAAUUUUGUAAAUGGAGGGAUUUUGUGUUACCUCGUCAGAAGUAUUUAUAUUUUGUCACAUUUCCACUUACUUUGUGGCAGCUAAAUGUUUUGCAGCAGGCUGGAUCACGCCCAGCGGACCCAUAGUCCAUUAAAAUACUUCUUUGUCUUGCCCCAGUCUCACUUAGUACGCACUGAAGACUGUUCAAAUAAGGUGAUCCUCAAAAUCCAACCACUUUACCACAGUAUUUUUUUUAUAUACACAUUGAUGUUAUUGAAAACCACAGCUGCUCAUUACUCAUUGAACAUCCGUACACAGUGGCAGUCCCAUCAGACAAGUGUAAGAGAGCCACCAUUGUUAGACAACAUACUCUCAUCUUUUUCCUAAUUUGAGUCUUAUUUUUUGUUGUUGUUGUUGUUGUUGUUUUGAAGACUGCUGUAAACAACAUUCCUAAGCAAUAUUGGAGCUUUUGUUUUUUCAUGUGUAAUAUGGUCAUCAUUUUUUAGUAAUUUUUAAAAUUGUGAACAGCCUGGUUGUGGGUGUUUGGUAAAGGGAAUUUGACUUUUUCAUUUCUCUCUGCGUAUUUUUCAGACUAUGAAGGCCACAAAGUUGAGAAUUUAUGUAUUUUUUUAAUUUAAGAAAAAAAAAAGGAAGCGUCAUUUUUAUUCCUAGUAUGAUUUAUAUAUUUUUGUCCUUCCUAUUUAAUGCCUUCUUAUCUUCAUUAGGUUUUUUUCAAAGCCCCUAAAACUGCUGUUUACAUUAAAAAAUUAAAAUAAAAA